AUGGGUAAGAGAACUUUCAAAAUGGCGACAAAGUCACAAAAAGACUGGGUUUCUCCUCACAAGGUAUCUCUUUUGAUUUUCAUCAAGCUCAUGGGCUCCACCGAUGAGGAAGACGAAGAAGAUUUAGAAUGUAUGAAAAGAUGCAGAUAUAAACUAUCCUUGCUUUUAUUGGAAUUGUUUGAGACUCCAGAUUUGGAAUUAAACGAGUUGUGCAAGCGGCUUACUGCGGUGGAUGUUGGCCUUAAGGAUCUGCUUCUGAAAAGUUUACAAAACUGUGUGAAGACUGGAGUGUCUGGCCUUUCAGAAUUCUUUCAGUCACUGGAGGACCUGUUAACUGGACAAGAGCCUGCUUUGCAUAAGAAGAGCCUGUUUGGUCUUUUCACGAGAAGGAUGACUUUAUCAUUUAACAAGAUGACAUUUGGUCAAGUGAGUCAUUUUGUGGAUCAGAUGAAAGUUUAUAUGGGGACGGAAACAUUUAAACAUAGUGCAGAUGAGGAGGCAUUGGAUACCAGUUUAGAUGUUAGCAUGCAGAGUACAGAAACCGAAGAUGAAGGAAAAGUUAUCAACAUGUCUAGAAAUCCUGUCCUCCAUGGUCCAGUUACAAACAGGCAAGCAGAGUUUUUUCUGGCAAAUCAGGUGUCUCUGAUACAGACCACUGAACAAGAAGCCUUACCACCCCAUGAAUUGCAGUUAAGGAUAGCAGAUAUUUUAACAGCUUCUCCUGACAUUGCUGAGACUCACUAUGCAACUUUUCUCAACUGUCUAAGAGCCAAGGAAUUUAAGGGAGCACUUGACAGUCUCUAUCAUUAUUUUGAUCAACAACAAUGGCACAGGGAGUCAGCCAUAAAAAUAGCCUCAAGUUCGGAAGGAACAGAGCCUGAGAGGUGCCACAGAUUCAGAUAUGCUGCCUUGAACCUGGCUGCACUCCACUGCCAAUUUGGUCACAGGGAAGAAGCACUAGCAGCUUUGAAGGAAGCCAUUCAAAUUGCACAGGAAACCAAUGAUCAUGUUUGUUUGGAGCAUUGUUUGGGAUGGCUUUAUCGGUUAGAAAUGGAUGGCAGUUCUCAAGCAAAGCUUUUGUUGGACAGAUUUGUUGCAAGGGCUGCUGAGCUCAAAAUUCCUUACUUGACUUCUCUUGGAAUGUUGAAUCACUGUCAGUAUGAUGCCAUGGCUGGAGUACCACCCCCUAAAGUUCUACAAAACCUUACCCAAAUCAAUAUCAUCAACUCUCAGAAGGCAUUAGGUGACUUGAACUCUGCAGCACAUGUCCAACAGGCAGCUAUUUGGCAGAUCUAUGGUAAAAAUUGUAUUGCGAGUAUCUUCACCCAGUUUGCACUUCAUCAAAAUGCUUCAGCCAGCAGUGACUUAAUGACAUCUGUUAGUAGAGGUGCAGCUGGUAUACAAAGUGCAGAAGCCACAUGUCUGUCAUUGUGUAGUCUUGCAGAACAACAUGCUGACAGAGGAAUGUUUCAAGAGGCCUCAGAUAUCCUAUCAUUUUGCAGAACAAAGUUUCCUGAACAUUCUAGGUUAUCUCAGCUAUGGAUGACAACAGGAGCUAUCAUAGAUCACAAUAAAGCUUUACUUCAAGGUAACAUGGAGAGAGCAAAAGCGUGUGUUGAACAAUUAGCAGCGCUAGAUGAACCUGAGGCCGAGUAUAGGUCCGCUUUGAAUUUACUUCACUUAGGAGAUUACACCACAGCAUUUCCUAGGUUAGAGAAGCUACUUGAAAGCUCAAGAGACAAGGUGUUCCUUAAUGAUGAGAAGAAAUCAGCUGCUGAAUACAAAGCAAGAAUUCUUUUAGCCCUAACGCAGCUCUUUUUGUUGCUGAGUGACCCAGUAUCUGCAUUGCCUCACGCUCUUGACUGCUUGACCACCUCAUGCUCACACUACAUGGACAACUCCGCUGCCUUAGCCUCACUUUACAUUGCGCAAAUCCAGCUAUCUUUAGGUUUACCAGAAAAAGCUGUGGCUCUGAUCAAGAGAACCAUGGUUCAGAUCCUAUCACAUGGUUCUUUGUACGUGCAGUGCUGUGCUCGGUUUUUGUUGGUCAAGUGUCAGCUGACUGCCUCAUCGCAAAAUCAGGAUAAGAGCCGCCGUGAAACUGACUUGCGUUCUGCUUUGCCGACGCUGGAAAGGAUCGUGAAAGGAUUUAGGAAGUUAGGGGCUGCCGACAAAACCAGAGAUGUCUUAUACUUUCAGGCGAGGAUAUACGAUGAGCUGGGUUUCACCAUCGAGAGAAAUGCCUGUGCAGCUGAGUGCUGUGAAAUCAUCCAAAGACAACCAGCAUACAGCGCCCGGUCUUCACUGUUUGUUUUAUAAGUAGAUAUCGUUUUAGCGGUUGAGAAAGCAUAGCAAGGAAUUGCAAGCUUGGUAUUGUUAAGGAAUUGUCUGCUGGACAAAUAAACAAGGAAACAUUGUUUUCAUUAAUGAGGGAAAUUUAGUUUAAUAUUAUCCCUGGAAUAACAGGUGUGUACAAAACAUAUACAGAAACUUUUUAAUAACUCAUAAAUUGCUGCUGUACAGUUGUUGCUUAUGAAACAAAAGAAACAUCUCAUUGCUUUAUUUAGCCUGUUCUGCCUUCUUGGCCUGUACUUCCUCUUUUGCCUGAAAGAAAAACAAAGUAUAUCUGAACAAGUGAAGAGACUUCCAACAUUUUAUUACCUAAAAAUCACCAAAGGAAGAUGACCACAAUCCCUCAAAUCUUGAAAAAUGAGCCAAGUCAUUAUAAAGAUGCUGAGGAGCUUUCACAUGGCAAUGAACAACAAGACUACCAAAACUUGUCCAGUUUGUGAAACACAAAACACUGUUGUAAUAAAUUAGCAUGAAGUGGAAUUAAUUAAUUAACUAAUUCCCUCCCAGAUCCUGACAAUCACACUUUGCCUCCUGUUCAUAUGCUUUGCCUCCUUUGUACGCUGGCCAUACAAGUUUGGUAUGGGAUAAAAACUAAUAUGAAAAACUUGUCUUGACCAAGAAUGCAACUACAACUUGCAAGAUGUAAAGUGAAUGUGGAUCUCAAUCUGACUCAGUGCACACAAAUUCUGUAAAAAGAUUUCUUUUUCCAGGGCAUUAACAUCUCUUUGUGAGGAAGCUGCAUUUCCUUUUGCAGCCAGAGUGAGAUAAAAUAGGUCAUAAAAAUGCCUCACAAGGUUAACAUACUUUCUCCACCAAUGGCACCAGGUUUCCUUGUUUGGCCAGAACUUUUAG